AUGCACCCUGUGAUAUAUUAUACCAUUAUAUUUGCUGCUGUAAUUUCUACGUGUCACGGAACACCAAUCAACUCGCCCAAUAAUUGCGGUUAUGAUGCAUGCAACUUAGGUCAACCUGAUAAACUCAAUGUUCACAUUGUUCCACACACUCACGAUGAUGUCGGUUGGCUCAAAACUGUAGAUCAAUACUAUUAUGGUGCUCGCAACGAUAUUCAACAUGCUGCUGUUCAAUUUAUUCUCGAUUCAGUGAUUCAAGCACUACUUGAAAAUCCUGAUCGUCGUUUUAUUUAUGUUGAAAUAGCUUUUUUCUGGCGUUGGUGGCUACAGCAAACUGAAGAAAUGCAAAAUACAGUCAGACAACUCGUUAAUCAAGGUCGGCUCGAAUUUGUUUCGGGUGGAUGGUCCAUGAAUGAUGAAGGUGUAACACAUUACAAUUCAAUAAUUGAUCAACAUGGUUUAGGUGCUGAAUUUUUACGCGAUCAAUUUGGAGAAUGUGGUCGACCAAAACUUGGCUGGCAAAUUGAUCCAUUUGGUCAUUCGAGACAAGUAGCAUCACUCUUUGCACACAUGGGUUUUGAUGGAUUAUUUUUUGGACGAGUCGAUUUACAAGAUUAUGCUGAACGAAACAAAACAAAACAAAUGGAAAUGAUUUGGAAAGGAAGUUCUAAUUUAGGCGAAGAAAGUUGGCUUUUUACCGGUAUAAUACCUAGAACUUAUACUCCACCAGAAUCAUUCUGUUUUGAUGUAUUCUGUGAUGAUGAACCUAUAAAAGAUGAUCCACAAUUGCAUGAUUAUAAUGUACCAGAACGAGUUCAAGCAUUUAUGAAUGCUGCACACGAUCAAGCGACAGGUUAUGCUACAAAUCAUAUAAUGAUGACAAUGGGAAGUGAUUUUCAAUAUGAAAAUGCGAAUCAAUGGUAUAAAAAUUUGGAUAAAUUAAUUAGAUAUGUUAAUGCUCAGCAAGUCAAUGGUAGUGAUGUAAAUAUAUUUUAUUCCACUCCGACAUGUUAUUUAUAUGCGUUGAAUAAAGUCAAUCGAACUUGGACAACGAAAACAGAUGAUUUUUUUCCAGUUUCACUUAAUCCACAUGGAAUUUUGACUGGUUAUUUUACUUCACGACCAGCAUUGAAACGGUAUGAACGUUAUUCAAAUAAUAUUCUUCAAGUAACAAGACAACUUAAUGCAUUUUCCAAUAUUACACUACGUAAUGCAAUUUUUCCAUUAAGCGAAGCAAUGGGUAUUGCUCAACAUCAUGAUGCAGUUAGUGGAACAGAAAAACAACAUGUGGCCAAUGAUUAUGCUCAACGAUUAUCACAAGGCAUUGACUCAGCACUUUAUGUUAUUAAUGAAGCUUAUAAAAAAUUAUUAUCGAAAGAAAAUCGAUCAUUGCCAGUGCCAACUCAAUAUCUCUGUCAAUUUUCAAAUAUUAGCGAAUGUUUACCAAUCGAAGGACAAGACAGUUUUACAUUAACAAUCUGGAAUCCAACAAUUCAGCCAAUUGAGAAUAUAAUUCGCGUACCAGUAACAAAGAAAUAUACAAUUCAAAGUCCAACAGGUGAAACAAUUGCAGCUGAUUUUGUUUCUAUUUCUCUACCAAUAAAAAAUAUUCCUGGUCGAACUAGUUCUGCUCAAUACGAGUUAUUAUUUGGAACACAGAUACCAGCUCUUGGUUUUAAUACUUAUUAUUUUGAAGCUAAAGCUGAUGCAACGAUAGAGGAAAAAUCUACAAUAAGAGUAACACAGAAUGAAGCGUGUGUACUUCAAAAUGAACAUCUUCGACUUGAGUUUGAUGAUCGAGGAAAUUUAAAUAGUAUUACUAAUCGAGAUAAAAAUAUUACAUUGCCAUUUUCUGCUCAAGGUCUCUAUUGGUAUACAAGUUUUCAGGGUAACAAUUCUCUGCCUGAAUUUCAAUCAUCAGGCGCUUAUUUCUUUCGACCAUUAACACCGAAUCCAUUGCCGGUGAGCAAUUCACGUAAUAUAACAUGUACAUACGCGGAUCAAGUACAAAAAGCAUUAAUUAUUUACAACGAAUGGGCUUGCCAAGAGAUUAGAAUCUAUGAUGGAGCACGAAUAACUGAAAUUGAAUGGAUCGUGGGUCCAAUACCAAUUGAAGAUGGUAUUGGUAAAGAAAUAAUUGUGCGUUAUGAUACAGAUAUUCAAAGUGAUGGAACUUUUUAUACGGAUGCUAAUGGACGUGAAGUUCUUGAACGUAAAAGAGAUUAUCGACCGUCUUGGAAUUAUACUGUCUAUGAAAGUGUUAGCGGAAAUUAUUAUCCAAUUCCAAGUCGUAUCUGGAUUAAAGAUAAUCAAAGACAAUUAACAAUACUUACAGAUAGAUCUGAAGGUGGCUCAAGUAUGCAUGAUGGUUCUAUUGAACUUAUGGUUCAUCGUCGAACGCUUUAUGAUGAUUCUCUAGGCGUCGGCGAGCCAAUGAAUGAAACUGCCUAUGGGAAAGGUCUUGUUGUAUGUGGCAAACAUUUUCUUCUUCUCGAACCACCAGAAUCAAGCGCUUUCUAUCAUCGUAAUAUUGCUCAACAUCUUUUCAUGAGUCCAAUGGGUACUUAUGCAUUACCAAACGUUUCUUAUGCGAAUUAUUCAAAAAUUUAUCGUCAAACGUGGUCAGCUUUGACUGAAUCACUACCAUAUAAUGUUCAUUUAUUAACAUUUGAUCAAUCGUCAUCAAAAGUAUUUCUUGUACGAGUUGAGCAUUAUUUUGAAUUAAAUGAAGAUGAAACAUUUUCAAACGCAGUUCAGUUUGAUUUACAAAUAUUAUUUAAUCGAUUAGGCAGAAUCGCCGAACUAGUCGAAUUAACACUUGGAGGUAAUUUACCAUUGAAUGAAAUGAAACGACUUGUUUGGAUAACAAAUCAUAAUGAAUCAUCUCAUUGGAAAUCAACAGAUCCGAAUUUCCUAACGAGUACAGUCGUUACACUCAGUCCUAUGGAAAUUAAAACUUUUCAAGUCACAUUACAAUAA